CCGCUGAUUUGGGCUGCUGAAGGAGGGCAUGAAGCUGUUGUACAGCAGCUGCUUGCAAAGGGGGCUGAUAUAGAGGCAAGGGAUGAAAAUGGCCAAACACCGCUGAUUUUGGCUGCAAGAGGAGGGCAUGAAGCUGUUGUACAGCAGCUGCUUGCAAAGGGGGCUAAUAUAGAGGCAAGGGAUAAAGCAUGGGGCCAGACACCGCUGAGUUGGGCUGCUGAACGAGGGCAUGAAGCUGUUGUACAGCAGCUGCUUGCAAAGGGGGCUGAUAUAGAGGCAAGGGAUAAAAAUGGCCAAACACCGCUGAUUUGGGCUGCAAGAGGAGGGCAUGAAGCUGUUGUA